UUUUUUCUUAAGUAUCAAACACCAACUUCUGUUCCAGCCAAGGGAUCACGGAAGAGAGUAAGAAUUGAGAUGUCUAAAAACACAGCACACACUACACAAGGUUUGCUUAAACCUGUUCUAUUCUUUUUUUUGCUUUAUCAAAUCAUUUAAAAUUUCCGAAUUAGAUUGGUUGAGCCUUGGGGUAAAUUUUCCAGCAUAAGAUCACACUUGUGGCUGCUUACUGCUGGUGCAAAAUAUUUGCAUGAUAUUGAUCUUUGGUAUUUUUUUUAUCUAACAGAUUAUCUACGCACUCUAAAACAAAGUCCUAACAUUCCAUUUGAUGCACAAAAGACACCAAUGCAGGGAUUACUCAAGUCACCACCCUUGCCUAGAAGAACCCCACUAUAUGUCAAAGUAAAGAGGUCCACAGACACGCGACAGAAACAACAGAAACAAUCCAAGUCACCAAAGAGACAGAAAGCAGCUGACUUCUUUUAA